CUACAGUAGCAUGAGUUGGGUUUGGAAACAGCACUCGUAAUUCUGCAGAGUCACACAACACUAGAAGAUAGCGGAAUCUACAGUUUUUAUCGAAGGUUGUUUUAAAAAGAAGCAUGGAGCUACAUAUGGAGCCUACACCUCACGCAUCCCUAGGGGGACCUCAGCAGCGGUACUUCAGCCCUUAUGCAAUGAAUGGAGGCACGAUCCUUGCUGUAGCUGGCGAUGACUUCGCAAUUAUUGCAUCUGACACAAGACUGAGUGAAGGCUUCUCAAUUCACAGCAGGAACCUCCCAAAAACAUACAACUUAACGGGCAAUACUGUCCUCGGAUGUUGUGGUUUCCACGGAGAUGUCCUCACAUUGACAAAAGUUCUUGAAGCAAGAUUGAAGAUGUAUGAGCAUGACAACCACAAGAAGAUGAGUUGUAAGGCCAUCGCAUCCAUGUUGUCAUCCAUCUUGUACUACCGACGCUUCUUUCCUUACUACACCUACAAUGUCUUGGCAGGAAUUGAUGAAGAUGGUAAAGGCUGUGUAUACAGCUUUGAUCCUGUGGGUUCCUAUGAGCGUGAGGUAUACAGAGCUGCUGGCUCAUCAAGUGCCGUCCUUCAACCUUUACUAGACAACCAGAUUGGCGGCAAGAACCAGGAGGGGUAUGUUGCACCUCCUCUCAGCUUACAGAAGGCAGUGGCACUGGUCAAGGACGUCUUCAUCUCAGCUGCUGAGAGAGAUAUCUACACUGGAGAUGGCAUCGUCUUGAACAUUGUCACCCAGGAUGGUGUACGUGAGGAGAGGUUCCCACUAAGACGAGACUAGGCAGUGGAAUCUUGAAAUGUACAGCUUUUAGUUGUUAUUUGAGGUCAGAUCUCAUUCCCUUUUGGCAGCAGGGCUGUUUGGGUCUGCUCUGGAUAAAUAAAUUAAAUUUGGCUGUUACAUGGAUGUGACAUCUAAGGAAAAAUAUCACCUGUUUACAUCAGUUGAACACACUGAAAUGUUCAUUUCAGAAUUACAGAAAUGCGUCUUGUAAUUACUCAACAUGUCUGGUGUUUACUUGAAAACUGUACAUCUCCUCAAGCAUUCUGGUGAGGCAAAAGAGAAAGAGUACCGUAUUAUUUUAAAGUGAAUACAACUGAUGAAAACAUAUGGAAAAGUUCAGUUUAAGCUCAAUGGAAAACUUUCCAGGGCAGUGCAUUUUCAUUUUCAAGCAGUGGUUAUCACAAAGGAUAUGUUUCUUAUUCUGCAAUGCAACACAAAAUGUUCAUGGUAAAACACAAACAGGAUAAGCACAACUUCUCUACACGAAGGAUUUUUCUUUAUAGAAAUGGUAUUUUUAUUUACGUUCAUGUACAAUUCAUAAGUUACCAUCUACAGUGUGUACAUGUGCAUGCCUUUGUUUAAUAAAGUUAAGAAUCUGAUGGCAAAUUGAAGAAA